UAUGAAAUAUGUCAUUUCCUUGUCACCUGUCACUGCUUUGGAAAAUUGGAAAACGCGCGCAGUUUCCUUGAUUAUUGCAAUGUUGAAUAUUCGUGGAAACACUGUGUUAUAAUUUAUAAAGAAUGACGAUAUUUCAUGACGAAAUUGAAAUUGAGGAUUUCGACUACGACGAAGAGGAGGAUAUGUAUUACUAUCCUUGUCCAUGCGGUGAUAGAUUUCAAAUUAGUAAGGAGGAGCUGAUGGCGGGGGAGGAGGUAGCGACGUGUCCCAGCUGUUCACUUGUCGUCAAAGUUAUAUACGAUCUGGAGAAGUUUAAAGCGGAGGCAGAAGAAGUGCACAAUGAGGAGGCUGACAAGGAAGCUGUGAAAGCCUAGAGCUCAUUGUGAGACAAGACAGAGAUGUGGCAAGUGUGGGUCACGGGGAGACAAGGUUGGCAAGACGCAGAUGGGAUGUCAGUACUGCCAAUUGGCAUUGUCACUUAAGGCAAUGUCUUGUGAUUGUUGUACAAGAAAUAAAAUAAUUUUCAUGUAUAUAUUUUAUAUUACAGUUACAUAAAGACAAUAUAAUAUAUUGUUUAUACAAUUUUCUUUCAUUUCGUGAAGCACUAUUUUCAACACCAAAUACAAUAAAACAAUAUCUUAUGUAAAUACAUUGUAAUAAAUAGUUUUGUAAAUAAAAAGAUUAAGCCUAAACAAGUACAAUAUACAGUCAAACUUGCAUAACCUUUAGUGAGUCAUUUUUUGAUCCUGACAAUGUCCAUAAGUGAGAAAAAUAAUGCAGUCCCUUGAACAUGCUUAUCCAGGUUUGACUGUAUAUAGUUUAUUUUGGUAAAUUAAAUAAUGCAGUUUGACUAGCUACGGAAUGCUCCUACUCAACACAAUGCUACUCAACAAGCUAAUUCAAAUAUUGUCAUUUCAAGUAUACAAUACUUUUACACACUUCAGAAAUUCAUACUCUUCAGUACCACAAUGACAAGUUUACAAAAUACAUACAUAUUAUAAAAUCUAACAUUAAUAUUGCAAUUAACUAGAGUGAAUAAGAUAUUGGAAUACAUAAAGUAAACAUACAUAUAGAGAAGCUAACAUGAACACUGCGGCCAAUUCAAUGGAAGGAUAUAUUGAGCUAUUACCUAGAUAAUUAUAAACAAAUUGUACUAUCUUAGUUAACUAUUCAAAUAUACCAAUUUUUUAUAAAA